CUUUGAAAGUAGUAAUGAUUGCUAAUCAGUUAGAAUUAAUUACUAAGGUAGAAAGUUAAUUAAUGAAAACUUAAAUCUAGAAAUAAAUAGGCUAAAAUUUAAACUGUUAUACACAUCAUGCAAAAACAUUGAACACUCAACAACCCUGUAACAGACACUAAACUAGUACGGAUGAUACAGAUAGAUAAUUAGAUAACACACAACACAUAGAAACAACACGAGCCGAUAGAAGUACAUAGCUUAAAGGUACACAGCCGGACCCUCAGUAGCCAAACGAUCUGCGUUCAAUAAAGAACUGGUUUUGAAUCGUCGCGUUCGCUAAAGUUAAAACAUACGUGUGAUAAUUAGUUAAAUAAAAGUAGUGUUUUUAUCUAGCUAAACGGUUUAUUGCAUGGACAAACUUAUGAGUUGAUGGACUGUCGUUUUGACCUUAACCAGUUUGAUGAAACAUUGAACUAUUGCGCCUUCUCAACCCACGAACCGCGGAGUUAAGUGACAAACAUUUGGUGCCGUGACCAGGAUUGGCGGUUCUAGAAGGCCAUUUAUGUGGAAGUUUAUUGUUCGGAGUGAUAGGGAGUGAUAAUAGAAACUGCGCGGACAUCUUUGAGGCAUUAUUUCUGCUGUAGUGCAAGGCGGAGAUCUCACUCUCUCGAUAUCGAAAGCGCGCAAUUUCCAUGGUACGUUUUACCGUGCGGUGAAAACACAGCCGUGCGACUGAUGGGAUUGUUUCAGUAGCAGUCAUUGAUAAAAAUACAAGGCCUAUAUUGCACAGGCCACAGGUGAGUGGCUUUCCAAGAAUCCAUUACUAGCUUGCUGGUGCUUGUAAGAUUUGUUUUGAUUCCAUGUGCUGACUGUGAAAUCGCGCUGCUCGGGAUUUUGGAACUACGCUACACGAUUGAACCAAUUUGAUGCAAUAAACCAGGCAUCUAUCGGAUCGAAGAUCGCAUAUUGUCAACAGAGGUGAACCUGUUCACUAGUCGCAGUUGGAAUUUAUAUUACAGGGCCUAUUGUUGACAGGCCUCAGGUGAGUGCCUGUCCAAUUAUUUUACUUGUUUUGGGUGGUGCUAUAUGGUACCGUUUUGUAUCAUUUCUCGGUACGUGUGAUCGUUGGCUACGGUUGGAGCAACUUCGUGGGCGGCUUGCGGAAUAAGGAGCAUAAUCGCGACGGUACAUGGAUUACGGGUCUUGAAAGCAGCAACGGUUGCUUCCAGUUUGUCCUGCCGCAUGCAGAACUUUCAUCACGUCUGUGAGCUUAGGCGGUCGACGCCAGAGGUUUGGUCCGCACAUACGAGGUUAGUGCUAUCGAACCAAUAGGAAUUGCUGGGUUGCUGUAGUUUUUGCUGGCAAAUUGCUGUUUGAAAAAUUUCAUAAAAAUACAAGGCCUGUUUAAGACAGGUGCAAGGUUAGUACCUGUCCAACCUUAUCAAUCCAUUAGCCAGUGCUACUUUGGAUAUUCUUUACCUUUCUCGGAUAUUUGCUGGGCCGUUGGAGUUUCCUGCAGUACGGAACAGUUUGCUGCAAUACAGUCGCAUUGCUGGUUGCACAUUUUUGCAUCUUUGGGAUAGGCCACAAAUCGAAGUACGACGACGAUCAUUUCACGGUGGAUUGCUGCUUGGGGGUUGGCGGAAGCUGAUUUUAAUUUUAUACAAGGCCUUGUUGAGACAGGCCUCAGGUGAGUACCUGUCCAACACCCCCACUUGGUGAAUUGCAGUGCUACUUGGUUGGCUUUCUUUCUUUUUCUCGAUCGUCAUCGUUCGUACUUCGAGUUGCUGUGCUGGUAGUGGUUGUGGGAAUGUCUGAGAAGAAAAUUAAGGAAAAGGUAAAGAGGCGGGAGCGCAUUAUCGCAUCAUUAAAGCGACAUGAGCCAUUUUUGGGUGGUUUCAACCCCGAAAUACAUACGGGAGAAGUUCAAUCGAGGCUGGAUAAAAUUGAGGCAAAGUUUGAAGAGUUUGAGGAAGUGCAGGAAGAAAUUGCUGAGCUGGACGCUGAGGGUAACUACGAGGAGGAAUGCAACGAGUCAUAUAAGGAGUUCGAGAAACUUUACUAUCGUCUACGGGCUGCACUGUUGUCAAAACUCACACCAGAGCCUGCAGUUGCAGAGUUAAACAACACGCGGAAUGGUCAAGCAUUAGGAGUGCAUACUGGAGUUCGUCUACCUCAGAUUUCACUACCGGAAUUCGAUGGCGACUAUAAAGGAUGGCUGUCGUUCAAAUCAACAUACGUGUCGCUGAUCCAUGAGUCGGUGGAGCUGAGUGAUGUACAGAAGUUCCACUAUCUUAAGUCAGCACUUAGAGGGGAAGCAGCCAAACUCAUCGAAUCGCUCACGUUAACCAACGAAAAUUACAUCAUCGCGUGGGAUACGAUCACAAAGCGGUAUUCGAAUGAGUAUCUUCUGAAGAAAAGGCAUCUGCAAGCUCUGAUGGAGUACCCGAAGGUGGACAAGGAGUCGUCGUCGGCUAUUCACGCGCUGGUGGACGAAUUUGAGCAACGACUGAAGAUUUUGAAGCAGUUAGGAGAGAAGACCGAGCACUGGGGUGCUAUGAUAGUUCACUGGAUGUGCUCCAAACUGGACAUGCAGACACUUCAACUCUGGGAAGACCACGCAGCAUCAACUAAAGAUCCAACAUUUACAACUCUAGUGAAUUUCCUGGAAAAACGGACGAGGGUGUUGGAAGCAGUUUCGUCGAACAUCGAGCUGAAAAGCAGCACACAGAAGGUGGAGGUUAGACGUCAAAAGGUGGUAGUGCAUUCUGCUACUGAGAGCGAUAAGACCGUUUCGAUCUGUUGUUGUUGUGGGGAUUCGCAUUUUUUGGGUCGGUGUAGCAAGUUUUUGAGCUUCACUCUGAAGGAAAAGUUGCAGUUCGUCAACAAUAAAAGGUUGUGCAGUAAUUGUUUGAAGUCGGGCCACUGGGUGCGUGAUUGCAAUUCAAAAUUCAGCUGUCGUGAUUGCGGUAAAAAACACAAUUCGCUGAUCCAUCCAGGAUUCCCUCCUAGUGGAAGCAGUUCCGGGAACAUUGGCCAGCGAGUGGGGAAGGUGGAGACUAAAGGGAACUCGAAGUCAGUAGCAACAAACUUAGCUACAAAGGAGGUGGAAGUGGAGGACGAAGAUACGGGAAGCGAAUAUCAAGGAGCGGUUGGAUCAUACAACGUAGGAGCUAAGGACGGAAGAAUAGCAAGUGUGCUGUUAUCUACAGUCGUAUUGGUGAUACGAGAUCAGCACGGAGGAAAGCAGUUGGCUCGAGCAUUACUCGACAACGGUUCACAGGCGAACAUUAUUAGCGAGCGGUUAUGUCAGAUACUCAGUCUGAAGCGGCGUUCGAUCAACGUUCCUAUCAGCGGAGUCGGACAAUCUGAAGCACGAGCGAGAUUCAUGGUGAAUGCUACAGUCAGUUCCCGUGUUCAGGAUUUCUCGGUUGGGAUGGAUUUUCUUGUUCUCCAGAAGGUUACCUCAGAGUUGCCAUCUACCAGCUUACCGGUGGCGCAUUGGAAAAUUCCGGAGAAUAUUCGGCUGGCUGAUCCGACAUUCAACACCAGUAAUCGAAUCGAUUUACUAAUUGGAGCGGAACAUUUCUAUCGAUUCCUGUUCGAGAGACAAUCCAAACAGAUUACGUUGGGACCAGGUCUACCGGUACUGAUUAACUCAGUGUUCGGCUGGAUUGUUACUGGGAAGGUUUCAAGGGCGCAAACGGAAGCGGUUAGCUGUUGUUAUGCAGCAACUCCGGAAAAUUUGGAAGCACAGUUGCAGAAGUUUUGGGAGAUCGAGAGUAAUGAGGAUCGUCCGGCCUGGUCGAAAGAGGAGCAAGACAGUGAAGAACAUUUCCUGAAAACAUUCAGCCGUACAUGCGAUGGACGGUACGUCGUAAGACUACCGAAGCACGUAAACUUUGAGCAGAUGCUCGGAGAGUCAUAUGAGAUGGCAUUAGCACGGUUCAGGAAACUGGAAAAACAACUAGAGCGUAACCCGGAGAUGCGUUUGCAGUACAAUGCUUUCAUGCAGGAAUUUCUCGAUCUCGGGCACAUGAGGAAGGUUAGCGCAGAAGAACUCCGGAAAGAAACGUCAAGGGUAACUGCGAGGAAGAAUUAUUACCUGCCACAUCACGCUGUGCUGAAGGAAUCUAGUACUACGACUAAGGUUCGAGUGGUUUUCGAUGGUUCAGCUUGCACGGAUACUGGUUACUCGUUAAACGAUGCUCUACUGAAAGGUCCUGUCAUUCAAGACGAACUUCUAAGUCUUCUUCUGCGAUUUCGGAAACAUGAGGUGGCGCUAGUUGGAGAUGUGGAGAAAAUGUACAGACAAGUUCGGGUACAUGAGGAGGAUACCGGAUUACAACGCAUCUUCUUUAGGUUUUCUUCAGAAGAACCUAUACAGGUUUUCGAAUUAUUGACAGUAACGUACGGAUUAACACCUUCGUCAUUUCUUGCAAUCCGAGCGCUGCAUCAACUUGCUAUGGACGAAGGUACUCAAUACAAGGUAGCUGCCGAUGCUAUAGUGGAGGACUUUUAUGUGGACGAUUAUAUCGGUGGAGCAUCCAGCGUGGAAGAGGCCAUCACACUGCAAACUGAACUCGACACUUUGAUGAAAAAGGGAGGAUUUGCGCUACGCAAAUGGUGUUCCAAUCGUCCUGAAGUUUUGGCCGAUAUUCCGGCCGACCAACUGGGAACAAGUUUCUCAAUUACUUUUCAAAUAAGCCCCGAAGAGAAGGUGAAAACUUUGGGAAUCACCUGGGAGCCAGGAACAGACCAAUUACGAUUCUAUUACGAUGUCACUUUAAGCGAACAAUCGUGGACAAGAAGAAGUAUUCUGUCGGCCGUCGCUAAACUUUUUGAUCCGCUUGGGUUGAUAUCUCCCGUGAUUGUGGUGGCCAAAAUGCUGAUGCAAGAGCUCGCCCUACUGAAAACUGGUUGGGAUACGUCUGUUCCAGUUCACGUUGAGCGCAAAUGGAAGGAAUUCCACUCUCAGAUGAAUAAUAUUUCCGAACUAGAAAUAAGUCGGUUCGUUUUUGCUUCAAAAUGGGUGGAUAUUCAAUUUCACUGCUUUUCUGAUGCGUCUACCUUGGCAUACGGGGCUUGCAUGUACGUGCGGACGCUGGAUGAAGCUGGAAAUGUAAGGAUUGAGCUGCUUGCAUCAAAGUCGCGCGUCGCUCCGCUCAAACGCUUGACGUUACCGCGACUUGAGCUAUCCGCCGCCAAAGAAGCCGCUGCCUUGCACUCAAAAGUAACAAAGGCUUUGUCGAUGGGAAAUGUUCGUACAGUUUUCUGGUCCGACAGUACGAUUGUGCUACACUGGCUACGAGCACCUCCAAACUCGUGGCAAACUUUUGUAGCUAAUAGAGUAUCGAUGAUACAAACUGCUACCUUCGCACACUCCUGGCGUCACAUAUCAGGAAAGGAAAACCCGGCUGACUUGGUGUCCCGUGGGAUGACAAUAAACGAUUUUCUGUGCAGCAAUUUGUGGAAACGAGGACCACUAUGGCUGGGCAACACUGAAGAUGAAUGGCCGAAACGGACUGAGCACGAAGGACCUCCUGACGAACAGCUGGAAGUUCGAAAAGUUGUUCAUACCGUUGUAGUAGAAGAUUCACCCAACGAAAUGUUCAGCUUGCACUCAUCGUUGUCUACUCUGCUGCGGAUUGUUGCAUAUUGUCGUCGCUUUGCGUACAACUGUCGCAACCGGGACGAUAGGAAGGACACACUCGCCCUUUCCCAUGAAGAAAUAUAUUCAGCUAAAAUAACACUGACCCGAAUUGCACAAGCUGAACGAUUUUCUGUCGAACUAAAGGCGUUGCAGCAGCAGAAAUGUGUCGAUCGCAAAUCCAACCUGAAGAGACUGUCUCCGUUUCUUGAUAAUCAGGGAAUCAUCCGAGUAGGAGGACGGCUACAUUUCUCGAACGAAGGGUACUCUGUCAAGCAUCCAGCCGUUUUGCCGAGUCAACAUCCAUUUACACAAUUGGUUGUACAGUACUUUCAUCAUCGCAGUUUUCAUGGCGGACCCCAAUUAACCCUAUCCGAGAUACGGCAAGAGUUUUGGCCGAUAAAUGGGAAGCGUGUCGUCAACACCGUGCUUCGUAAAUGUGUUCGCUGUUUCCGCACUAACCCGACACCUAUUGAUCAGCCUACAGGACAGCUACCAGCCGGACGCGUACGCCCUGGGCGGCCAUUUCUGAUAACCGGUGUGGAUUAUUGUGGGCCGUUUUAUUUGAAACCACCUAGACGUAAUGCGGCGCCCCUGAAAGUUUAUAUAGCGGUUUUUGUCUGCUUCUCUACGAAAGCGAUGCAUCUUGAGAUGGCUAACGAUUUAUCUACGGCUGGCUUUCUCUCUGUUCUACGAAGAUUUAUCGGCUACCGAGGAAUACCGGCCGAAAUACAUUCGGACAACGCUACGAACUUUUCCGGUGCGCACAAUGAACUUAAAGCGCUCCACGAACUGUUGAAAAAUCAACUCAGCCUCUCAGUUAUUCGCAAUGAACUUGCUCAACAAGGCAUCGCUUGGAUGUUUAUCCCACCACGAGCUCCUAACUUUGGAGGUUUAUGGGAGGCAGCCGUGAAAUCCGUGAAAACUGCUUUGAAAAAAGAGAUAGGCCUUCAGCAACUAAGUCACGAUGAGUUCAUCACACUUCUAGUGCAGAUCUCCGCCAUCCUGAAUUCUCGUCCUCUGUCUCCACUAUCAGACGAUCCUACGGAAUUCGAAGCUCUAACCCCAGCGCACUUUUUAAUAGGCUCAGCAAUGAAAGCCCUCCCAGAGCCCAAUUUAUUAGAAAUUCCCACAAACCGCCUUGACCACUACCAGCGAAUCCAGCAAAUGUUCCAACGCUAUUGGCAACGCUGGAGCAAGCAGUAUCUCACGCAGCUGCAGGUGACAUCGAAGAAUUUGCCGAUAGACCUCCUUCGUAUUGGAAGCAUCGUCGUGUUACGAGAGGACAACGUGCCACCUCUUAGCUGGCCUCUAGCUCGAAUUAUCUGCCUGCAUCCUGGUUCCGAUGGAGUCGUGCGAGUUGUAACGGUGAAGACGGCGACUGGUGUGUACAAGCGGGCAGUCAACCGCAUCUGUCCCUUGCCAAUCGAUGGUGAUGAUCAACAGGCAUCCAGGACACUGCGCUCACAUCAAUCAAGAAUGUCUAAUUUCACUUAAAAUUUAAUUGUUAAUGUUCUAUUUGUAUUUUCUAUGUAUUUGAAGCUAGUUCAAGGGGGCCGGCAAUGUUGAACUUUGAAAGUAGUAAUGAUUGCUAAUCAGUUAGAAUUAAUUACUAAGGUAGAAAGUUAAUUAAUGAAAACUUAAAUCUAGAAAUAAAUAGGCUAAAAUUUAAACUGUUAUACACAUCAUGCAAAAACAUUGAACACUCAACAACCCUGUAACAGACACUAAACUAGUACGGAUGAUACAGAUAGAUAAUUAGAUAACACACAACACAUAGAAACAACACGAGCCGAUAGAAGUACAUAGCUUAAAGGUACACAGCCGGACCCUCAGUAGCCAAACGAUCUGCGUUCAAUAAAG